AUGGUGAACGCAAAUGCUAUUAGGUUUGUGGUUGGUAUUAUUGGAAACGUCAUAUCUACAUUUCUGUUCCUCUCCCCAAUCCCUACGUUCAUCAAGAUAUGUAAAAAGAAAGAUGUGGAAUCUUUCGAUCCAAAGAUUUACAUUGUAACAGUGUUGAACUGUUUGUUUUGGUGCUAUUACGGAAUGCCAUUUGUUAAUCCAAACAGCAUUCUAGUAGUCACCAUUAACGGAGCUGGGCUAGUAAUAGAGCUUAUAUAUAUUGGAAUAUUCUUUUUUUAUGCUCCAAAAAAUGGACGGGUGAAGGUUAUCCUAUUGUUAGUAGGUGAAAUUGUUUUGUUUGCCGUUAUUUUGGUUAUAACUAUGUUGACAAUAUCCGAGCAUAAGAUGGCAAUGAAUAGACCUUACCGGGCUGUCGUGAUUGGUAUUAUAUGUGAUGUCUUCAAUGUCAUCAUGUAUAGCUCUCCUCUGUUCAUUGUGAGAGAUGUCAUUAGAACUAAGAGUGUGAAGUACAUGCCAUUCCAUAUCUUAUUGGCCAACUUCAUGAAUGGUUGUUGCUGGACUGCAUAUGCUCUUAUUGGGAAAAUUGACUACUUCAUCUUGAUUAGCAACGGUCUUGGUGCAUUUUUUGGACUAGUUCAAUUGAUAGUCUAUGGAAAAUACCGCAAAACUACACCAAAAGAUGAUGACCAUUCCAACAAGGCUACUAAUGAAGUGCAACUCUCUAAUGUAUAA